AUGAAGUCAAUACUCUUUUUUGUAUCAGCUUCCGCUGUUAUAUUUAAAUUAUCUUCUACCUCUGAAAGUGUUAAUGGUUGCUUUAGGGGGAUAUGUACUGGAAAAACAAAGCCUCCACUUUGUAAGUCUUAUAAUGGUCCUGAGGAUAUGCCAAACGAAUAUUUAAGACAAAAAAUAUGGGAAUUUAAAAAGUUAGAAGAAAAAAAAAAUCAUAAUUGGAAUUUAUGGUUUAAAAAACAAAAAAAAGAUAUGAUAAAGGAUUUUAAAAAGAAAAAUAAUGCUUGGUUUGGAAACAAAAAUGAGAAAUGGAAUAAUUUUUUGUACAACUUAGAGGAAAAAUGGUUACACUAUAAUCCCAAUAUGAAGGAAGAAUAUAAAUCAGAUCUUUAUGAUGUAUGCUCGAAUUGGAGUGACAAUCAAUGGAUAGAAUGGUUCAAAACACAUGGAUUAAAUUAUAUAACAUCAGAUUUUGAAAGUUGGUUCAAUGAAAUUAUAUCAUCUUACAAUAAAAUUAUGACAUGCAAGUUAAUUAAUUGGAAAGAAAAGAAGAAGAAUGAAUGGGAUUCACAUCCGUAUAGGUUAUACGAAGUUGAUCGCUGGACACGCUGGGUGGAAAAAUUAUUAUUUCUAGAUAAAGAUAUUUAUAUAAAAGUUUCAGCGUAUAGACAAUGGGACCAAAGAAUAAGAAAUGAGGAAUAUUUGUGGAACUUUUUAAUUAGGCGUAUUAAAAAAAAAUAUAUAGAUGACGUAAACAUGAUGGUAAAACAGUGGUGUAAAGAAGUUAUGACCGACUAUAACAAAUGGUUGAUAUCCUUUUAUAUAAAUUGGAUAGAAAAUAAACAGUGGAAUGUAUGGCUUAUAGAAAAGAAAAUGAAAUAG